GGCGGGGCGUGCUGUGAGCGGCCCAGCGGGCGGCGCUCCUGGGGGACGCGUCGGCAGCGCACAUGGCGGAGCCGCGAGUGUUCCCGUUGCGUUGCCCGGUGAGGAACUAUGCCUGGGGGCAGCACGGGCUGCGUAGCGCCGUGGCACAGCUGGUGGCCAGCGGGGACCCGGCGGCAAGCAUCGAGCCCGAGCGGCCAUACGCCGAGCUAUGGAUGGGCGCCCAUCCCAGCGGUGAUGCCGAGGUGUUGGAUGGCCGUGACCUUCCGCAGACGUUGGGUUCCUGGCUGGCCGAGCACCCUGCCUGCCUGGGCCCCAAGGUGUGCGAUGCCUUUGGCGGCCGCCUGCCCUUCCUUUUCAAGGUGCUGUCCGUCCGCACCGCCCUCUCCAUCCAGGCUCACCCCAACAAGGAGCUGGCAGCCAAGCUGCACGCCCAGUUCCCCCAGCACUACCCCGAUACCAACCACAAACCCGAGAUGGCCAUCGCGCUCACUCCCUUUGAGGGGCUGUGUGGCUUCCGGCCCGUGGAGGAGAUCGCUGCCUUCCUGCGGGCUGUCCCCGAGCUGCGGGCGCUGGUGGGUGAGGUGGCAGCUGAGCAGUUGGAGCGCAGCGCCAGCCAUGAUCCCCGCGGCGUCUCGGCCGCCCUGCGUGUCUGCUUCACCUGCCUGAUGAAGAGCGAGAAGGAGACCUUCAGCCAGCAGCUCAGCCUGCUGGUGGAGAGGAUUUCCCAACAAGCGGCCAAAGGGCAGGACACGUCCCCAAGCAAUGGGGACCUGCUGCUGCGCCUGCACGCUCAGUUCCCCGGGGAUAUUGGCUGCUUCUCCAUCUACUUCCUCAACGUGGUGAGGCUGGAGCCCGGCGAGGCCAUGUUCCUGGCAGCCAAUGAGCCCCACGCCUACCUGCAGGGAGACUGUGUGGAGUGCAUGGCGUGCUCAGACAACACGGUGCGUGCUGGCCUCACCCCCAAAUUCAUUGAUGUGCUCACGCUCUGUGAGAUGCUCAACUACACGCCAGCACCCAGCAGCUCCAAGAUCUUCCCAGCUGUGCAGAGCCCUCUGGACCCAUGCGUCUUCAUCUAUGAUCCACCCGUGCCUGACUUCACGCUGAUGAGGAUAGAGAUUCCCUCCUCAAUCAAGCUCUACCUCAUCUCUGCACUGGACUCUGCCAGUAUCCUGCUGGUGAUCCAGGGUACGGCCAUGGGCACCUCUACAGCUGCUGCAUCUGAAAUGACCCUGCGCCGGGGCUCCGUGAUCUUCAUCUCUGCCAACGAGAGCAUCUCCAUGCACCUGUCCUCAUCUGAGGGGAUGCUGCUUUUCCGAGCCUGCUGCCUGCUCUGAGCAGGAUCCCCAGCAUCCCCGCACACCAGGGUAGAUAGAAACCAAAGUAGGCUUGGCCAGUAGCUCAGAAGUCACCCCAGAAGUGAACCUCAAAGCAACCUGCAUCCAGUUUCUAGAAGCAACUCACACUCCUCUGCUUUCUGAACCAGCUCUUUGGGGCUGAGACACUCGUGUCCCCAUAGUGUCACAGCCCCCAGGGCCAGUCCUUACCAGUGCUGCUAACACCAUCUGACAAUUAUUUAUGUUUCGUUUGGUGUUGUGGCUUUGUUGGGUUCUUCUAGGAACCGCUGCUUACACCUGCAAAUGUGAUGCUGAGGCUUCCACCAGGAGGAAGGAGACUUGGGAUCAGCUGGGUGCUGGAUGCCCCCUUGUCCACCUGCCCAUGGAGUGGCUUCAUGUGGCAGUGGGGUCUGGAGGUCCUCAAGUGACCGGUGCUCUGAAUAAAGUGGUGACUUUGUCCUCA